AUGCCUUCGCCUCGCCAAUCGCCAGGAAACACAUCGACCAUGUCGAGCUUCCAGCCCGAGUUCGAGUCGACACAGCAAUUCGACACGGCGACGCAAUCGCUGCAGCUGCCCAACCUCCGCUCGAGUGCUCAGCGUUUCAGCUACUACAACCCGCCACAGCCCGCAAUGCACAUAGACUCGUCCUUCGUGCGCGACAGCUUCCCGGACUUUACUGAGAAGUCGCCCUCCCCCUCGCCCGAAGUCUCCAUGUCCAUCGAAGCCGGACGCGGCAAGAAAGGCAGCCCCAAGACCUUCGACAUAUCAGACAUUCCUCUGCCCAGCGACAGCCUAUACGACUUGCACAGCACUCCUCCGAGGAGCACGCGUCCUACGCCUAAGAAGACCGACAGCUUGAGAAAGGAAGCCUCGUUGCGACGCGCCCACUCGAGCGACAAGAGAGCCAAUGCAUCACAGCGCCGCUCCUUGUCCGACAUGCACCACAAAGUCCACCGCGAGAGCGAAUCCUCUUUUGUCGGCGAAGACCGUCCAACCACCCAGACCGUCCAGCCGCGCAACACCCGCUUCACCUCGGCAAACUUGCCCACCUCAUACUCACACGACCAGGGCCUACAAUCCAUGGGCACCCCUCAGCGCCCAAUCCAGAACCCUACUGCUACAUGGACCGGCGGCACUCAGACGCAAGCCUCCUUCAUGCUGCCCGAUCUUCCCAAUAUCACCGAGCUCGUAUCUGGUGUACGCAAAGACGGCACUCCAGUCUUCUCACGCUCGCAGAAAUCGCGCUCCCGCUUCACCUCUGCCUCUUACAACAACCCUACCAUUACCAACACCGUCACUCACGCGAACAUCAACUCGAUCGCUGUGCCCGACGAGGAGAAAGCCAUCUUUGCUUCGCUCCAACUUCUGAAAGAUAAGGUUGCAAACCUCGAGACUGAAAAGAGCGAAGCCCAGAAGAGAUUAGAAGAGUACGAGACCGAAGUCGGCCACCUCAAGUCGCGCCUCGAUGUUGAACAGAAACUGCGCCGGCCAGACAGUGCACUGGGCGAGGACGAUGACGGUAGCGCCAAAGAGAGAUGGCGUGUCGAGAGAGCUACCCUGCAAUCUACCGUAAAGACUCUGCAGGACCGCCUCGACCAUGGCGAGCGUAAGCUCUCGGUCAAUGACAUUGCUGUCAAGCGUCUGACUCAGGAGCGCGACGACCUCGUCACUCAACUUGGCGUUGCUUACUACAAUUCUGAGGAGUUCAAAAACGAGAACCUCCAGCUGCGUGAGUCGAACGAGCAUCUCGAAGCUGAUGUUGAAGCUCUGCAAGCUGAGAACGGUCGUCUGCGUGUCAGACUUGCUCAAAUCAAGGCCCAGUUCAACGAUGAGACACAGCAAUGGAAUUCGCGUGAGUCUGAUUUGAAAGCAAAGAUCCAUCGUCGCGAGGCCGCUGUUCGGGAUAUGCAGCAUGAUUUGACCAUGCAAUCCGCUCCUGCUCAAGACCAAACCUCCAGAUCAAUCAAGCCACGCUUUGUUCCAGACGACCAACAGGCUACAAACAAGCGCCGAGCAAGUGGAAGAGUUGGUCAAGAUACCAAGCACAACAUUCUGGACAGCAUCGAGAAUGAGAUCAAGAAGUCGCGCUCGGGUGUUACGCCUGCCAACAUUCGUUCUCGUUCGCGCUCGAAGUCCAACACCCGCCAGACUACCUCAAAGCCUCAGCACGUUGUGGACGUCAGCGAUGUUGACUCGACUACCAACCUUGAUUUCUCGAGGCCUAUCAGAGAUGACACUGUUGAGGCUGAGGAAGACUCUAAGGAUAUCACUUACCUGAGCUUCCUCGACCCCAGGGAACUAGCAAAGCUGCGCAAGACUCUUGAGGAAGAGCGUCGUGCCUCGAAGACUGCACGCUCUGUUUCUGCCCCUGCAGCUCAGGAGAACGCAACUUCCACCAUGACUGCUGCACCUCGCAAGUCUUCCCUCAGGGACAUCACCAACAACGACAUAGGUCGUUUCACAAUCAGAUCUCAAGUCGAUGAGAACACUGGCUUGCCCAAGAAUGUUCGCAUUCAAUCACCUCACAUGUCAGAUGCCAUCUCGUACUCUGAGCCUAGAGAGUCAACCGAGGCCUCAUUCAUGAGCACUUCAUCACGCCGCAGAAACCGCAGCAAGAGCAUCGAAGAAAUGACUUCCGCCUUUAUCCUCCCCGACAUCACUCUCCACACCGGUCCCGGCGCCGAGGCCACCGUUACAAACGCAGCCAUGGACAUCUCCCACGACAACCUCAACUGCACCGCCUGCCCCUCAAAGGACUCGCAAGACAAGGACAUCACGAUCCCCACACCCAUCCCCGUGUCCUCCCGCGACAUCGACGACACAAACGCAACCAUCCGCCCCUCCCAAUCCCCUCCCAUCGCUCUGGCCACCGUCCUCAAACAACUAGAAGAUGAAGUCAAACAUCUCAAACUCCAACUCGCCUCUUUCGAAAAAAUGUACAAUCAACACGAUCCCGCCCUCGGUCGUCGCAAGCGUCUGGCCGUCAAAGCCAAAAUGACCGCUUUGAUGACUGAAAUCGAACGUCGCAGUGAUCAAAUCUACUCCCUGUAUGAUGUCCUCGAAGGUCAGAAGAGUUCUGCCGAAGCACAGGAUGUACAGCAUCAGCAGCAGGAAAUGGAUGAAGAGCAAGUGGAAAACACAUUGCAGAGUUUGGGUAUUGAUGUUGAGGAGCUGGGGCAGAGAGCCAAGGAGGUCCAGCAACAGAACCAACAAUAUCCUUUUGGACUUGAUGGAGAGGUGGAGGAGAGUGAGGAUGAUUUACCUUGGGGUGGGUUUAGUGAUGAGAGUGAGGUUGAAGAGGUGGGUUUGCCUAUUAGAAGGCGUAGUAGUGGUGGUGGUGUCAAGAGGGGUGUUACUGCUUGA